UUUUCUGUGUUAUGUUGUUAGUACUGAAAACAGAUUAAAUAUACAAUUAUAAAAAUCAUAGACUAAAUAAUUUAUGUAAAAUUCGACUACAUUGAAAACUAGUUGGACAAAGAGGAUACAAACUUAUUUGUUUAUACGCUCUUUUAGCUGACGGUUAAUUUUGACACCAUCUUUAUGACUGUCAACAAGCCAGUCAUAAAGAUUUCAAUUCAAUUUUUAGAAAACCUAAACUUACCUAAAUAUUUGAAUAAAUAAUCAAAGAUGGCAAAAAAGUUUGCAUUUCGAGAUGUAUCUGUAGGACUACAAAAAUUGAGAGAGUUCCUAUUGGGUAGAAAACAUGUCCUCCACGGUAGAUUUACUCCAAUGUUGGCACCUAGGUCGCUCCCUGUUCCAGAUGUACCUAGGGGCCCAGAUUUUAAAUAUUAUGACAAGUAUUAUUAUAAACGAAACUUAUACAACUCAAUUCAACCUCCUGUAGUAGCGCCAGUAGCGGAAGGACCACCAUUGAUCACAGAUCCCACGAAGAAGUCGCCUAUAGGCGGCAUUCGUGCUGAUGCAAUAAGUUUCAACUGCGCUCCCACUCCGGGACCAGCGUGGUGGUGGGACGGUCAUUGUUAUUUUGAAUGUAUACCAGAUGCACCCACUACACCCACUCAGCAACCUCAUAAUGAACCAGACCCUUAUUGCCCUCAAGAAUCUUCACCUGCUACAAAAUAGUAACACUGUAAAUUGAAAAUUAACGUGAUUAAUAUUUCACACUAACUUUAGUAAUAGGUACCUAAUAAUUAUUUUCGGAAUCCAGUUCGAGUGGCAUGCUAAAAAAGUUAACCUACAGGUACUAUCGACAAGUAAAAAUAACAUGUGAUUAAAGCUUUAAGGUUUGCUAUUACUAUCCUAUUCUAUAAUCUCAUUUAUCUGGGAUUUAUGGAAACCACGUGACAAAUACUUUUCCCGCCAAUAAUUUCAAUGA